AGAGACGAUAUUGCUUGUUCGCCAGGAAAACGGGCUCAGUGUGAUAUUCGGAACAGCUGCUCCGGGAAUUUUCAUCAGAUUUCUGCCAAAGUUUGAUUUUUUUGUUCUUCCACGAAGUCGGUACUUUGGAGGACUAUUUUAAAAUAUAAAUCAAUGAAGGAGAGAAGAUCUAGCCAGAAGCUAUCUCUUAAAUCCGGGAUGGAUCCCAGUCAAAGUGUGAAAUGUAAAAUAGUGGUCGUAGGGGACAGCCAGUGUGGGAAAACCGCUUUACUUCAUGUCUUUGCGAAGGACUGCUUUCCAGAGAACUACGUUCCCACGGUGUUUGAGAAUUACACGGCCAGUUUUGAAAUCGACACUCAAAGGAUUGAACUCAGUCUGUGGGACACCUCAGGCUCGCCAUACUAUGACAAUGUGAGGCCUCUAUCCUACCCAGACUCUGACGCCGUUCUCAUCUGCUUUGACAUCAGCCGACCAGAGACCCUGGACAGUGUUUUGAAGAAGUGGAAAGGGGAGAUCCAGGAGUUCUGCCCCAACACAAAGAUGCUGCUUGUGGGCUGUAAAUCGGACCUGCGGACAGACCUCACCACACUGGUGGAGUUGUCCAGUCACAGGCAGACGCCGGUAUCGUACGACCAGGGUUCAAAUAUGGCCAAACAGAUUAACGCCCCCUACAUUGAGUGUUCGGCCCUGCAGUCAGAGAACAGUGUGAGGGACAUCUUCCACGUGGCCACCUUGGCCUGCGUCAACAAGAACAGCAAGCACGUCAAGCGGAACAAGUCCAACCGGGCCAAUAAGAGGAUCUCGCACAUGCCCGGUCGACCUGACCUGGCAGCUGUGGCAUCGGACCUCAGGAAGGACAAGGCCAAAAGCUGUACGGUCAUGUGACCGCCUCACUCCUGCCAGUGUGGAUGUGUGUUUUUUGGAUGCUGGAAGUAGACCAGGGGAAAGAGGAAUCGAGUGCAAAGCAAGCCCCUCUCCCUGUUCUCAAAACACAUUUACAAAUGCAUAAAGGAGGUGGUGGUGGUGGGGGUUGAGUUGCACUUUAGAGCAUCGGUUUCACUCUUGGUUGAGGUUCACUGCUUUUUCUGGAGUGCACAGUGCCCAUUAUCUACAAAGUGACUUUAUUUGGAGGGAUUUUCAAUGAACUGCACCUCUCCACCCCCACCUAAAGGUUAACCUGCCUUUGCUUUAAGGUCUCGACGUGUCCAUUUUUAUGCUUCUGACUUUGUAUACACACACACACACACACACACGCACGCACACACACACACGGAAGUUGUGUCCCUGUUACAGAUAUUGCAUCAGGAGGUUGAGGGGAUGAAAUCAGGGUUGCACGCUUCCUCCUCACAGGAAAUGUGCAGCGGAAGGAACUGAUGUCAGAGCUUUUUUUAAAAUGUGAAAUUGGCUUCAGCCACUCCCUACCCCAAUUCUACUCAUUUUGGGGGUGGGUGUGUGUGUGUGUGAAACUAUGCCUGCAGACAGGAAAAUGAGUGAUUUCUUGCACUGGCCCUUGGAACCUAUUUGGGGGGGCCAUCAGACAUGGAACUAAAAUGACUGCAAAUCACUGUGGGUUUUAAAUUGGAUUAUUUUGAUUUGGUCCUUUUCCCAUUUCAUAGCAGCCAUGGAGAGUUGGUCAGACCAUAAAUAAGUUGGUUUGUUCUGUUCUGCAAAAACCUGUGCCAUACUUCUGCAUUUGAGCCCUUCAUUUUCAUAUCAUCCCAGUGGCAUUUCAUAUUCAUUUGCCCUCAUGAUUUUUAACCAAAGAAAAUCUUUAAUUGUUAAAUCCCAUAACUUGCUGUUGAUCUUUAUUUCCUGUGAUCAAACUCCUUUAAAAUUGAUUCGUUUUUUUUAAAUGCCACAACAAAAGGGGUGUGGUUGGGGUUCAAGAAAUGUGAUUCCUGAUUGGUUCUACUCGGCACAAUAUCUUUAGCCUAGAAAUCGAGCUCCUUUAUUGGAAAAAAGAAAAGGGUUUAAUCGAAACCAGGGUAUUGUGGGUGAGAUCAGACGGGUGAUUGCAUCAGUGAUUAUCUGUGCGCACAAGGUUCAGUCGGAAGUUUCUCCAGCCAAUCAGAAGUGAGGCUGCCUCAAAAAGGCCCAUCUUGCAGUUAAGUUUCCUUCAGCAAGGAUGUCUUCAGCUAUGCAAUACAUUAGUUUCUCUAGUCCCUGUUGGAAACAACUUAAAUGAAGUGUACCAUUUUUAUUUCCCUCUGAAAAACAUAAUGCAGCCUUGGUUUUAUAAAAAAAUUUUCUUUUUAAAUUUUUUUUGUUUUUUUUUAAUGUGGAGGUCAAGACUGUGGGCUGACAUUCUGUUGAAGGCUACAUAUCUGAAAUGUUGGGCCAGAUACUACCCUAUACAUUACAAUAUUCUGCAUAUGCUCUUGUUGCACUUUGAUCUUGUUAGUUCACGCAAAAAAGGUGGAAUGAUAUUCCGGUGUAUUCCAAUUCUCUGUACAACUGGAGAUGAUUCUGAAAUGCUUUCAGAAUGUUGCAUUGGAGUCCUCAAGGGCAGUAUUAUCAGCUAGUCUGUAUAUGCUUUCUGUACAUAAGUGUUUAUUUUUAUUAAAUUAUGGAAGUCAUUUUAUGUAGAACAUCCUCACUUUUUGAAUGUUUGAAGUCCAUUUGUAAGUCUGUUAAUUGAUGUUUCCGCUGUAUUUAUUGAAGUAUAUUUUUUUUCUUUUAAAUAAAUGUAAGUUUUAAUGUU